GUUUCAUAUGUUUAUCCAAGUAAAGCCUCUAAAGAUGCACCCUGUUGUCUCCUGGAGAAUCAUUUGGAUGAGUGUUUAGCUGACUGGAUAGUUGGAUAGGAGUUACAUUCAGUGAAGCCAGUACAAUGAAAAGAUUUCUGCUGAGUAAGAGCUAUCCAACAGACACUGUAUUCUGACUGCAACAUCAUCCUCAGACAAGCAUGCCAGAAAGACAAUACUACACACUCUUCCAGUUAAGUUUAGCCAUUAAGAUGGAAGGUGCUAACGAAGCAACCAAACGGAAGCACAACGGGAAACUCUGUUUCCUCCAAGUUAUCUCUGUCAUCAGCUACGUCAAGGACCAGCACAGAAGUAAUUAAGACAUGCGCUAGUGCUGCAGCAGCUCAAGCAGGAGCCACUUAUUCUAGAAGAGAGAUUAAAAUUAAAGUAGAGAAGGCUCACCUCGAAGCAACUUUGGAAACAUCGCAGCAAGAGAAAGAAGCUGAAGCUGCACAAGUCGAACCAACAGUGAUGGAGGCAGCAGCCGCCGAAUUCAAGAUGGCAUAAGAGGAAGAUAAAGUCUUCUGCAAACCUCCAUCACAGAGCGCACAACAGCGCACCCAGGAAUACGUGAUGCGUCACCCCAAUAUCAGUGCCAGCAAUCAGGCACCUAAGGAGAGAGACCGGGAUCCAAGCAACACCUCAUAGGUAAACACAUUUUUCCAUGUACCUGUCAGUCUAGGAAGGUCUAUGUCAUUGCAACCGCAUCCAGCAAAUGAUGUCACGCUACACAGUUGGAGAGUGAAGUUGGAAUUGCAGCGUAGCUCUACCUACCCUAAUGACCAAUUGUCAUACAGAGCCACCGAUCAGGGUCAUUUAAGGGACAAUUCAGCCACAUUUGAGCUUGCCAAAUAUCUAGCUUGGAGCCAGGUCAUGUCUUCAAGUCUUACCAAAUUUGAUGAUCAACCAGAGAACUACCAAGCUUGGACGUCAUCCUUUCUCAGCGCCAUUGAAGAUUUGGAGCUGACAGCAGGAGAAGAGCUCGACUUGCUCAUUAAAUGGCUUGGAAAGCAGUCGGCAGAACAAGCACGAAGGACUAAGUCAGUCAGUAAGAUAUCCACCUACUGGAUUGAAGAUGAUUUGGGAGAGGUUAGAGGAGUCUUACAGUUCACCAGAAGCUAUUGAGAAAGUCCUAUGCACAAAGUUAGAAACCUUCCCUAGGAUAUCCAUUAAAGACUGGCAGAGGCUUUGCGAGCUCAGAGACAUGUUGCUGAAACUAGAGGCUGCGAAGCAGGAUGGGUACCUACCCAGUCUAACACAUCUGGACACAGCCAGAGGUAUGAAUCCCAUUGUGGAGAAGUUGCCUUAUAGCCUGCAGGAAAAGUGGAGGACACAAGGGUCAAGUUAUAAACAGGAACAUCUCUUCGCCUUUCCACCCUUCUCCUUCCUCUCAAGUUUCAUGCACAGCAAGGCUAAAGCACAAAAUGACCCCAACCUUGACUUCUCCUCACCCUCUACUCCCCCUGGUAAGAGACUGCAGUUACCCAGAAGUCAUAGCAAUUCGCACACACCUGUGUCCACUCACAAAACCGAUGUGUCUUCUCCACAUGUGCCUCUGAACACAGGCAAUGGAGAAAAAUCUAAAGAAGAUCCUGAUAGACAGUUUCCAAUCCACGGAAAACCUCACCCAUUGAGCAAAUGCAGGGGCUUCAGAAGCAUGUCGCUAGAAGAUCGCAAGCAAUUCCUGAAAGAGUGUGCUGAAAAUUUGUGCUGGGGUAGCUGAAACAGCUGGCAGAAGAGCUAUUGGCUACACAGUAGAGUCCGCCGAUAGGAAAAUCAGCUUCCGAUUCCCUACCCUAAUAGAGUGCAAUCGAGUUCCAAAAAACAGAGUAGAGAUUCCCUUUCCUGAGGCCGCCUAUCAGCAUUGUCAUUUGAAAGCCAUAGCCGAUGAGACCUUUGGACCCAGAUGCAGACAUUCUUCUGUUACUGGGAAGGGACAUUCUGAGGGUGCACAAAGUCAGAAGACAGUUCAAUGGCCCUCAUAAUGCCCCAUAUGCCCAGAAUCUGGACUUAGGCUGGGUGAUCAUAGGUGAUGUAUGCCUUGGCAGGGGCCACAGACCUACAGAGGUGAGCGCUAUGAAAAUCUUUGUCUUGGAGAAUGGAUGCCCAAAUCUUUUUAGCCCAUGUGAGAACUGCAACAAAGUCAGAGGGAAUCUAUGUUCAGCACCAAAGCUUCUCACAAACUCCCACGCGAAGCUCAUCUACGACCAGGAGUGAAAGAAACCUGGGGUAAUCAGUCUUUUGUCAAACCAAAGAUGACAACAAGAUUGCUCCAUCUAUGAAGGAUUUUAUGUUUCUCCAGGUAAUGGAAGAAGCACUGUUCAAAAAUUAAACAAACAGCUGGGUUGCUCCACUGCCAUUUCGCAAACCAAGGAGAUUGCUUCCUAACAACAGAAAUUAUUCUGUAAGUUGAAUCAGAUUGCUCUGUCACACACUGGAGAAGCCACCAGAAAUGAAAGAUCACUUUAUUGAGUGCAGAAGAUACUCAAUAACCAGCAUGCAGAGCUUGCACCUCUUUAUCUCCUUUCCUUUGGCAUGUACCACCCACGGAAGCCUGCGCAAAUCUGUGUUGUGUUAGAUUCCAGUGCACAGUUUGACUGCAUAUCCCUCAAUGAUGUACUGGGCCGGAUCUUAACAACAGUCUCCUGGAAGUACUCAUGAGAUUUAGACAAGAUUCAGUCACCAUCACUGCUGACAGUCAGCAAAUGUUUCACCGUUUUGUGGUGCAGGAAGACCACAGAGAUGUUUUGUGCUUCCUCUGGUAUCGCAACAAUGACCUCAGUGGCGAUGUUGUGGACUACCAUAUGAGGAUGCAUGUUUUUGGAAACAGUCCAUCACCAGCAGUGGCCAUCUAUGGUCUAAGAAGGGCAGGCAAAGAUGAAGAAAAAGAAUACGUCUCUGACGUGCGAUGUUUCAUAGAGAUUUCUAUUUUGAUGACACAUUAAAUCCUUCUCUUCUGAGGCAGAGGCCAUCGACGUUCUAAGACGAGCACAAGAGAUGCUGACAGGUUCUAAUCUCUGGCUCCACAAGAAACGAAACCAAAAAAAAGGAGUCAUGGAGGCAUUCCCUGUAGUGCACCGGACCAAAGACAUCCAAGACCUGGAUCUCUCUGUGGUUAUACCUGCUUGCUCAGCAGAGCCUUGGAGUGCAGUGGAACAUCAUGUUUGACACAUUUACAGAUGACCGAUAACCCUUCAUACACCAAGGUGCUUUCAAUGGUGAAUAGCUUCUUCGACUUUCUCGGGUUUUUAGCCCCAGUAACCAUACGAGGAAGAUUGCUCCUCCGACAACUCUCUUCAGAGGUAAGAGAAUGGGACACUCCACUCUCUGAGAACAGACAUGAAAAUUGGAGAAAGUGGCACGAUUCCCCGCAGGGUUUAAGGGACCUGCAAAUUCCACAUGCUUGCAUCACUAUCUUCUUCUGAGGCCCACCAGAUAGAGCUCUGUGUCUUCUCAGAAGCUUCCAUGGAAGCUAUUGCUGUUGUAGCUUACCAUAAAGUCACAGAUCAAAAUGGAAAGCAAGAGGUUGGUUUCAUCCUUAGAAAGGCUAAAUUAGCUCCACAGCCUGAGCUGACUAGACCAAGAUUGGAGCUCCACACCACGGUGUUAGUUGUUGAGAUUGCAGAACUAAUUGUCAAAGAAAUAGAUCUGAAACUAGAUGCCAUUAGGUUUUACACUGACAGCAAGGUAGUGCUUGGCUAUAUCCACAAUCAAACCAGACGAUUUUAUAUGUGUAUGAGUAAUAGGAUCUAACGCAUCAGACAGUCCACCCAGCGAGGACAAUGGAGCUACGUUCCCAUGGAACUGAAUCCUGCUGACCAUGGCUCAUGGUCUGUUCCUGCAGCCCAGCUCACCAGCACCACAUGGCUAACAGGACCAGCAUACCUGUAUGAUUCAUCAAGACAAGUCUCUGAAGAAACUCCAUUAGACCUCAUCGACCCCAAGUCUGAUACCGAGAUCCACUCUCAGGUGACAGCCCUUGUGACUGAAGUUUAUGAGGAUCAACUGAAGUCAAAAAGUCAAACAGUUGCCAGAUUUCAUCACAUUGCACACUGCUUUACUCAUCCAUCACCUGACAGCAACUGUGUUUGUUGGCAUACCUGCAAGAAAGGCUUGAGCUUUCAAAGGCUAAGAACAUUAUUAUUCAAAAUGUCCAGCCUGAAGUGUACCUUAAGGAAUUCAAAUGUAAAGCCACUCAGCGCUAUCUUCCCACACAGAGUCUACUCCUGAAACUUCAUUCCAUCAUCGACAGUGAUGGCCUGUUAUGUGUAAGACGGGAUGCAUAAUACAGUCAGGUCUGGAAAAGACUGAAGCAAACCCUCUCAUUAACCCAAGCCAUAAUCAUGUUGCUACCUUGCUUGUACGCUAUCACCACAAAGAAGUGAAACACCACGGCAGGCAUUUCACAGAAGGUGUCAUCCCAGCUAGAGGACUGUGGAUAAUUGAAGCCAAGAGGUGCAUCAGCAGCGUUAUCCAUAGAUGUGUAUCUUGCCAGAAACUGCUAGAGAGGAGAGAAGAGCAACAAAUGGCUGACCUACCUGCCGAACAUCUGCAAACAGAACCUCACUUUUCCUUUGUGGGACUUGAUGUUUUUGGACCAUGGGAAGUCACCUCAAGACAUACUAGGGGCGGCCAAACUAAAGGUGGAUGGUAAUUUUCACCUGCAUGUGCACCAGGGCUAUAUAAGUUGAAGUAGUGGAAUCAAUGAGUUUCAUAAAUGCAUUACAGCGAUUCGUCUCCAUCAGAGGUUAUGAUCAGACUGCGGUACCAAUUUUGACAGUGUUUGUAAGGAAAUGAAGAUGUAUCCUCCAAGCCCUGACCAGACAAGUGUGGAGAAGUUUCUCCAUGAUAGAAGAUGUACCUGGGUGUUCAAUCCCCCAAACUCAUCACAUAUAGGUGGCACAUGGGAACAGAUGAUUGGGAUUGCGCAGCGCAUCUUGGAUUCUAUGCUCCUUCAUGUGGGAUGUCCUCAGCUAAAGCAAGAGGUACUAAUUACGCUUAUGGCAGAGGUCACUGGUAUAGUAAACGCAUGACUUUUAGUUCCUGUGUCGUCAGACCCUGAAUUGCUUCUCCUCUUGACCCAUAUAUGUUCCUGACACAGAAGAUUGGUGCACCACCUUCCCCACAGGUUGACUUUGUCAAAGUAGAGCUGUUCAAGAAUCAGUAGAAACGGAUGCAACACCUGGCUAAUACCUUCUGGGAUAGAUGGCGGAGUGAGUACCUGAGUAUUCUGCAAGGCCACAGGAAAUGGUAGCUUAGAAGGCCCAACCUUAAGGAAGGCGACAUUGUCCUGAUGAAAGAAAUUCGUACGAGGAGGAAUGACUGGCUGAUGGGAAUCAUCAUGAAGACAUUCCCCAGCAAGGACGGAAUGGUCAGAAAAGUGGAGGCGAAGGUUGUCAUGCAAGAUGCCACAGGAAUUCUUCAGGUGAGAGCUUUGAAGGACUAUUGGAAUCUUCAUGACCCUACCGCCCUCAACAUUCGUGCUGGUGAUGUCAUUAUGGUGCUGGAGCAACACAUGGAUGGUCGCUGGAAGGGCCACAUCCAUGACAGCCAGAGAGGCAUAGACCGCGUGGGCUACUUCCCACCCUCCAUAGUGGAAGUCAUCAGUCGUCACUAUGGGGGCACACUAUCUCGCCAUUGCUCUAUGCCAUGCCAGAGGCAUCAGCUCUGCAGAGCUCCCCUUUCUUCCGGUCUGAGCAUGAACACCUCUGCCACCCCUAAAACUGAUGACUCAUACAUCCCUAAUUCCCUUCUGGCACCAACCCAUGCAAACUGCCUGAGCACCAAUCGAGGUGGCCCCCCCAGCAGCUGCUCCCAGCUCACUCUGCCUUUUCUUGAGGACAUCUGGGUUCUGAGGAAUUCCUGUGCAGCAGGAGACAGGAACAGUGUGGGUAGCACUGGCAGUGUUGGAAGCACACGUAGUGCCGGUAGUGGACAAAGCACAGAAAACACCACCACCUCAAAUGGCCAGCACAGCACCAAUGCUGAGGCCAGCAAACCACCUGUUCCCCUUGUUGGUGAUUCAGCACAACUGGACCAUCUCAAACAGCCAGACCACAGUGCAGGCAUUCAUCAGAGGACAGUGCUUGCUGUGCCGAAAACAUCAGAGCAGAGUUUCUUUCAGCAGUUUGUGCGACCACAGCAGCUGCUUGAGGGCAGGCAGGAUGCUGAAGCAAUCUACCAGUGGCUGUCUGAGUUUCAGCUGGAGCAGUACACUUGUAACUUCAUCAACGCAGGCUAUGAUGUCCCCACUAUCAGCCGAAUGACUCCUGAGGAUCUCACUGCUAUUGGUGUUACAAAGCCAGGUCACCGGAAGAAAAUCUCAAUGGAGAUUGGAAACCUAAGUAUUCCAGAGUGGCUACCUGAAUAUACACCAGUGGAUCUUGGUGAAUGGCUCAGUGCUAUAGGCCUGCCUCAAUACCAUACGAAGCUGCUAGAGAAUGGCUAUGACUCCAUCAACAUUGUACGAGACCUCACAUGGGAGGACUUACAGGAGAUUGGGAUCACUAAGCUAGGGCAUCAGAAGAAAAUCAUGCUGGCAGUAAAGAAGCUUUCUGAUCUCCAUAAGGCUCUCCUCCAGGCCGAGUCAGGUCAGGGCACUCUGCGCUGCAAGCAUCUGUCUGCACUGGACCUGCUGCCCAUUGAUGGAGGUGACCCUACCAAGCCCUACACACACAAAAUGCUCACCUUCCAGGCUAGUGAGCUGAGUGCUGAACUCCAGAGUGCCAUGUCAACACAGCAUGAUGACCUUCAGGAGGGCCUGGCUAUCAAGAGUGCUGUGGCUCUUUCAGUGAGCCAGGAGAGUAUUGAUGCUCGUUCGGGUGGUUCAGGCUGGUCACAGGAGAACCCCAUAAUGUCUUGCUCCUUCUCAUCAGCUACCCCUUGUCACAGCCAGUCUCAAGAUAGUCAGCUCAACAGCCCUUCAAAACAAAGAAACAUUCCAGAAGGUCAGGACCAUCAGCAAAAGGGGCCCACUGGUUCCUGUCCAUCGUGCAUUAUGAUGGAUGUCAAGCCCAAACCAGGUAGUUCUUUGGCACAGAAAGCCUUCAGCUACUUGAAUGCUAACAGUGGCACAGCCACCCUGGACCACAGUUUGCCCAGAGUGCCUAAAAAGCACACACAGAAUCUGACACGCCAUGCAUUGUCUGACGGUGAGGCUGAGGAAGAGGAUGAUGAACAGCUGGCAAUGCCUUCCACCACUGCACUGCCUUCUUAUGCCACACUGAGCCGCAGACCUAAACGUGGGCAUCUCAUCCGAGCCCAGUCUACGCCAGAGCAGUCAGUUAAUCGUAGCCACUCAUUUGCAGUCAGGACCCGGCGCAAAGGCCCUCCCCCUCCUCCACCCAAGCGCCUCAGCUCUGUCAGCAGUAGUAGUAGCAGCAGCACUGAGACUGCAAAGUCUCCAGCCCCACCUAUAGGUCAAGUGGAGACUGACAACCCUGAAAGUGUCAAGAGCAUUGCAGCUACUCCAGAAACAACCAUAAUGGGCCCCAAGGCUAACCUCUGCCGUGAAGGCAAAACUGCCCUUUCUGGGUCCUCUGAGAUUUCCAGGAGAAGGGUUUUGAGCCAGAGCGAAACUAGCAUGCAUCCACAGGCUAAAAGAGAUGACCGAGUUGUUAAGUCAGAUUCUGAGGAGGAUGAAGGUGCUAAGGACAAAGGCCUGGACAGUUCUUCCUCACCUCAAAAUAGUUCUGGGGAGUGUAUCCCCUUUGCUGAAGAGGGCAACCUCACCAUCAAGCAACGGCCCAAAGCAAGCAAAGUUGACAGCACCACUGAGGCUCCAGAGAAAGAGACGUCAGCUAAGGUGCCAGAGCUGCCAGAGUUUAAAUUGAAGGAAUCAGACACAGUAAAGAGGCGCCAUAAGCUGAAGGAGAAGGACCAGCCACUUGCCAUGCCCACUAGCAGAGGAGAGAGUGGGCAACAGUGUCUAAGUGCAGUUAACCUGUGCAUCAGUGAGAUAUCAAUUACACCACCAUAUGUGCAACCUCUAAUUGUGCAGGCUCUGAAGACACCUCUCUCCCCGGAACCAGCCAGUCCACCAAAACCUGCACAUCACACUAGUAAUCUCAAUCAGCAUGCUCCUGCAGUCACAGCUGGACAACAAGGUGUUAUGCUGAGUGUGGUGCAGAAUGUGGCUUUUGCAGCACCCACAUCUUCAAUGCCAUGUUCCCCAGUAGCUGUACCUCCAGUUCAGAUGGUGACAUCAGGAACGUUUCAGGCAUGUGUGGAGGCUGGUCCAGAGUCCAUGCUGGUGCAGCAGAGACUGGAUCAGACCAGCUCCUCUCUGGAGAAGGCACUGAAGGCUGUGGAGAAAAAACUUACUUUGGAGGACAUGAACGAUGGAGGAUGCAACACCGUGAAGUCUGCAGGGAAUAUUCUUGAUGACAUUGGGAACAUGUUCGAUGAUCUGGCAUACCAGCUGGACGCUAUGCUUGACUGAACUCCCUUCUCAAACGUCAUACUGUAGCUCAAAGUGAUGUUUGGAUGUGAUGUAGGAGACAGAAAGAAAAAAGAACGCAAAGUGGGCCUGCUUACAGAACAAUUCAAACCAUUGGCUAUUAAUUUGCUUUUCUUUACCAUGAAAUAGGACUUUGCUGCUUGUGGGUUUACAAUGCAAAAAUGAAAAGGGACACAACAUUUUCUACAAGGUCUCUGAACUCAUGUUUGACCAUUAACCAUUUCCAUUAACUCCAUUAAUUACUAUUUAUGCUUUAUACACUAAAACACUAGUGUCCACCAUAGGCUGCUGCUGUUUAGCCUAUGCUUUAACAGGAAGUAAAAUUUACAGUUAUUCCAGUUAUGAACCUAAUAACAUUUAUGUAAUUUAUUUUCUUUUUUUUUAAAAAAUGUUUUGUCUAUUUACUUUGGUUGGAUCUUUAAAUAUAAACCAAUAAAACAUGAGUACAAUUUAAUAUGGCAAGUGGACCCAGAUGACCUCGGACAGUAAACCAGAAUUACUUUAUUCUUGCACCAAGACUUUUUUCAACUUGUAUGUGUAUAUUUAAAACGUGUAUUUUCCUGAGCAUUUCAUUUAUGACUAGUUUUAUAUCGAAUUUGGUUGCCAUUUUAAAAUGUACUUGCCUUUUAGUGUCAGUAAAAUUUACAGCAUAACAUGGAUUACAGUUAUGUUGUGUGUAGUAACAACAAAAGUUUUCAGUAGUUAUUAUUGUAAAGGGAACACAUCAUCUUUGGCAACACAAAGUUUUGCCAGUGUGGAAUUAUAGGGGAAGCAGAUGUAUUAUGAAUGAUUGCUAUAUUAUUUACAUUCACUAUUUUUGAAAAAUAAAAAUGCAUAUUAGUAAAAAAUUAAAAAAAAAUAAAAUUUAUUUAA